CACGGCGUCGGCGUCGGUGGAAGAGACCUUACAUCGGCUUGUCGCUGUCAGAUAGACUACGCCUUAUAUAAGCCCUGCCAUCACUGUUGGUAUCUUGGGCGUAAAGGUUGCAGCCACAAACUCUGAACAGAACACCUUGUGGGGGGCAGUCAACAAACAUGCGCCUCCUCACAGCGCUUCCAUUCGCCACGAUCUCGGCCGCGCUCGCUCUUCAGAGUACUUCUACCCAUGACGCUGCUCCGCUACCACUGAUCGUCUGGCAUGGCCUCGGCGACCGCUACGACGCAGAUGGAAUGCACUCGAUCGGUGCCCUGGCUGAGAGCAUCCACCCAGGAACCUUCGUCUACUAUGUUCGCACAGACGACAACAGCGACAACGACCGCACCAACACCUUCUUUGGCGACCUCAACCUCCAAAUCGAUGGCGUCUGUUCCGCCCUUCAAGCCGUGCCCGAACUCCGACAAGCGCACACCGGCGAUCUCCGCGUGGAUGCUCUAGGCUUCAGUCAAGGCGGCCAGUUCCUUCGCGGCCUGAUCGAGCGCUGCGAGCCUCUCCAGGUGCGCACUUUGAUGACAUAUGGCAGCCAGCAUAACGGUAUCGCCGGGCUUCGUCCGUGUGGGACUUGGGACCUUCUGUGUAAAGGUGCGACGGGGCUGAUGAAGGGCAAUGUUUGGUCGGAUUACGUCCAGUCACAUGUCGUGCCGGCACAGUACUUCCGGACUGUUGACGAUGCCACUGGAUUACCGACCGAUGUCUACUUGGAGAAGAGCGGGUUCUUGGCGGAUAUCAAUAACGAACGGGUACUGAAGAAUGCGAGUUACGUGGAUAAGAUCGCGGCGCUGGAGAAGUUUGUCAUGGUCAUUUUCGAUGAGGAUACUACGGUCAUCCCGCGGGAGAGCGGAUGGUUCGCCGAGGUCAAUGGCACGUCGGGCGCUGUUACACCAUUGCAAAGACGGCCGAUAUACCUCGAGGACUGGAUUGGAUUGAAAGCGUUGGGCGAGAAGGGUGGCUUGGUCUUCCUCAAAAACCGGGGUGAUCAUAUGCAGCUUGAUGACAAGGUGCUGAAGAAGACUUUUAAGGAAUAUUUCGGGCCCGAGAGCAAAAGCAAGGGGAGGCAACAGAAAGCCGACCUGUAAUACAUGGAGCAAUAGUGAUGAUAUCAUGAACAAAAAAGUACGACCAGAGAAGUCUCCCAGAGGCAUGGUUGUGCUCCUCUUCACGUGCCGAUGACUACAAGAUGAAUGGGUCACGGGAGGUCGGCCAAGCCAAACAGAAAGGUUGAACGGAUGAACGAGAUUCAAUGCCAAAUUGUUUCGGAAUCAAAGAAAACCCGCCUGCCGAUAGAGCAUGCAUGCUAGGACUCGUGUUUCAUGAUUCGCGUCUUAAACAGAUUUACACGCCCUGCCAGUGCAAGCAUUGGAAAUUCCCUUUCUCUGCCCACCGCAAUCCCCGCCGAAAAAAAAGUAACUCCAGACACGCAAUAAGCGCACAACCUCUAUUUCAGCUUCUUCUUGGGGCGG